UUCACAUCCUCUCUUUUUCUUCGCCUAUCAAAACCCCCCAAACACCACCCCCUUCAUUCCCUCUCUCUUUUUUCCUGGUCAUAUCUCCCUUUAGAUCUUCUUCUUCCCCUAAGUGUUUCUGCGUCUCAAGGCUGGUGUCCCUUGUGAGUUUAAUAUAUCUGGGGACAACAAGAAACGCUUACCUGUAUCUAGCUGAGACGCUGUUUUUAACACUUAACGGGAAGAAGAUCAACAUUUCAAGAAUUGAAGAGAUCGACAUAUAUAUCAUCAUAGACUUAUAAAUAUAAAAUUUAAUGGCGCCAGUUUCGUUGCCUCCAGGCUUCCGUUUUCAUCCAACCGACGAAGAGCUUGUUGCAUACUAUCUCAAGAGGAAAAUAAAUGGGCGUAAAAUCGAGCUUGAAGUUAUUCCUGAAGUCGACCUCUACAAAUGCGAACCCUGGGAUUUACCAGGGAAAUCAUUAUUGCCAAGCAAAGACCUAGAGUGGUAUUUCUUCAGUCCAAGAGAUCGUAAAUACCCAAAUGGAUCAAGAACAAACCGAGCCACCAAAGGGGGAUAUUGGAAGGCAACAGGGAAGGACAGGAAUGUAAAUUCACAAUCAAGAGCCGUUGGGAUGAAGAAAACCCUAGUUUACUACAGAGGAAGAGCUCCACAUGGUGCUCGUAGUGAUUGGGUUAUGCAUGAAUAUCGCCUUGACGAGAGAGAAUGUGAAACUGAAUCUGGUCUUAAGUUGCAGGAUGCUUAUUCACUUUGCCGUGUGUUUAAGAAGAGUCUGAAUGCUCCAAAGACGACCAUUGGAGUACAUUAUGCGGUAGCAGUCAGUGAUCACUCAUCAAGUAUGGACCUUUAUUCAGAGGGAGGAAGGGGUGGUGAAGAUAUGGAGACUUGUAAUUAUCCAACACCAAUGGCUUCAUCUUCCUCUAAUAUCAACCAUGGAUCACCUCAUAAUGUAAGUGAAUCGAGUGAUGGGAGAUGGAUGCAGUAUUUAUCUGAAGAAGCGUUCGCUUUCCCGAAUCCAUCUUUCACUAACUAUGGGAAUGUUUCUUUUCCCCCAACCAAGGUUGAUAUAGCAUUAGAAUGUGCAAGGCUGCAACAAAGGUUAUCAAUGCCUCCAUUGCAAGUACAAGAUCUCCCACAUCAAGGGGCUACAAGCUACGUGGAUUUAAUGAAUAUGCAACAGACGACAAGCAGCAGCAUGCGCGAUGUCACAACUACAAAUGGUCCUCAGCAGGACAUAUUGCAUGAAAUCCUUUCUCUCGCUCAAGUUUCCCAGGAUCACAUCAAUCAGAACACUUGGGGUGGAGGUUAUUCCAGUCAUCAGGAAGAUGAUUUUUCGUUUCUGGAUGAUAAUGACAACAACAUUCAAGUGCAAGAUGUGGGCUCGUUUAGGUUCAUGGGGGAUGAUCAGAAUGCGAGGUCUAUUGAGGUUACUGGUGUCGAUGAACAACAGCUCAGAAGUGAUAGAAUGGUUGAGAAUUUGAGAUGGGUUGGCAUGUCUAACAAGGAUCUUGAGAUGACUUAUAAUUGGGAUGAUUACAAGAAUGUUCCAGUGGAAAAUAUGCCAAGUUUUCAGAAGGAGGAGCAUGAGGUUCAAGGAGAAAGCAGCCAUCAAAACAAUUUCGACAAUACAGAAGAUCACUUCUCACUUGGAAUCACCACCGAGGGGCAUGACAACUCGAAUGAAAACUUGUUAGACGAAGCCGAUUUGGAGGACUUUACUACAACUCCAAGCUUUGAAAUCUACGAGAAAACCAAAGUCAGUACUCAUGGGUUGAUUGUUUCAACCCGACAGGUUUCAGAAACCUUCUUCCACCAAAUCGUACCUUCUCAAAUAGUCAAAGUCCAUCUGAACCCAGGAAUGAUACAUGAUCAAACGGUAUCUAAAUCCGAUAGCCAGACAACGCUUAGCAAGAAAGUUUUAUAUGACAAGUUCAAGAUGAUCACAAGUUCCAAACCAUUUGAGGUGAUUAACAAGAAACCAAAGACCCCUUUGGUCACCUUGGUUUCCCUUCUGUUGAUAUGUUGCUUUUAUCUUGAAGAGUCAACAGAAGAUGGUGGUGAUAUGAAGUUAAAAGAGGAUGAUGAUGGUGGUUCAGCUGGUAAUAGCAUACGAAUGGAGGAUGGAGAGGAGGAAAAGAAUGAAGGAUGGGGCAUUUCAAGUUUGGUUUUGGAGAAGGUGAUAUGGCCAUGUGUGACCUUGGCUUUGGCAUUUUCUACCAUCUGGGUACAUCAUAAUUACUAAUUACAAGGGUUUUUUUAAUCUUUUUUUUUUUAAUUAAUUGUUUCUAACCAUACAGAGUGAAGUUGUUUACUUAUAGGAAAAGAUGAAACUAAGCUUUCCCUGGAUUUAAUCUGGGGCUGAAUUAUAUUAUAUAUAAUAUUUGUACUUUCUUCAUUUUACAUUCAAAAUAUAUAUACGAGUAAUUAUACGUC